CAGAAAUAAUGUUAAGUUAUCAACGGCUCUUUUUUUUUAAAAGCUACCUCUGAAGAGCUUUCUUUGUUGUGAAAUACAAAUGGCUAUAAAAAGAGCGUUCCCGACAUGGUAUGGUAUUGUCUUUCCAUUACCACCAUACGGCAAAUGGCGCUGGUUAAAAAAAUCUGCUUUAGUAGAAACAUUCCCUCCAUCUUGUGGCUGUUGCCAAACGAAGAUCCCAACUUAUUCGAAGGUCCCCAGGUGGUGGCGUUUGACUUUCUAGUCGACAUUGGGAGCAGACUCUGCCGGUGGAUGAAACUGUUCGAGCGUAUAGCACAGGAAUAUGCUGGAAGAAUUCUCUUUGGGGUUAGGGAUAUUUCUUCCAUGAAAGACUUCAACUCCAACCUGAUAGCCGAAGAUUUUCGCAGUUACAGGCUGAACUCUCCACCGCUGAUCUUUGCCAAAGAUUUAGAGCUUCGUGUAUACGAAAUGCACAAGCUCUUUACCUAUAAGAAUAUGAAGGAAUUUUGCGAUCAGUUGCUGCAGGAGAAGCUGUUUCAAGCUGUAGUCCUGGGCGACACAGUGGACAAGGAUUCGCCGCCGAAGAACUUCUUUGACUUGCAAAACGAGUGGACGGAAGACAUUUUUGUCGUGUUCUAUGAGCCAGGUACCGAGUGUUGGUCCAUCCAGGAGCGUAUACUUCGCAAGCUGGUCCGCCUGCUGGAUAAGAACGAUCGAAUGCCUGUGGUGGUGGUGGACACGACGAAAAGCUUCAUUGGCGUUGGCUUUCACCGCUGGUUAAAUAUGGUGAAAUGCCACGGAACAAGCAUCAUAUUCCGGCCCGAAGGCAACGGCUGGGACAUAAAUAUCCAGUCAAAACUGGAGACAACUCGUCUAUACCUGCAAUAUAUUGCCCAGAAUCGGAAGGUGGAGCUCAUUAACUUUAAUGCCAAAGGGGAGCCACGGGGACCAGAGGAAGGACUAGAAUUCAUAAGGUAUAUAUUUAUGGUAAAUUAGAUAGUUUUUUAAAUAUAAAAUACAUAUGUGAUCAUAGACUUGGCAAAUAAUUGUUUUUCUAGCAACAACAUCUUGCGAUACAAGAACUAGAGAUAAGAUAUCAGAUUCUUUGAAAAAUAUUUCUUCUAAAUGUGGUGGUAUUCUCAUACUCAUGAAAAGAUCGGAAGUUAGAAUGAUAUGGCGCAUCCGUUUAUAAGCCACGAUUUCUAACGAAUUAUGUAGAUUAUUCUAUAAUUUUUUCUUAUUUAGGAUUAUCAGUUUAACCUAAUUUUCCUUAUUAAAAAUUAGCGAAGGUCUCUUUCAAAUAUAGACUAUAUAAUAUAUAGGACACUAUAAUUAGCUUCAUUGAACGUGAAUCUUUGAAUCAUUCAUUCAGCUUCCUAGAUAUUUUUAUGAUGGCUUAUAUGCGCACGUUUCGAUAUCAAGCCUUAUUGACGCACCAAGUUCAAUUCCGGAUUGAAUUAAAAUUCCGAGCGC